GCGCUGCCCCGAGAUAAAAUCAAGCGCUCCUCCCUGACAGCGUUGCCAACUAAGUGACUUUGUCGCUAUUUCCAACAGCUUUUCAAACCCUCUUCUUGACUUUUUAAACCUUAAAGGCACCCAGCGGACACCCCAGGAACAUUUCUGGUAACCCUUAGCUACUUUCUGGAUAACUGUCAUCGACAUUUCCUGCAGGCACGAUGAAUUUGGAGGAGUACUUCCAGAGGAUCGGUUUCCACGGCCCCAAAGACACAGCGGAUCUCAACACCCUGAGGUCGAUCCACAAGCUGCACGUCAUGUCGAUCCCUUUUGAGAACCUCAGCCUUCACUGCGGAGAGAGGAUCACCAUGGACCUGGAGGAGAUUUUCAAUAAGAUCGUGCGGCGCAGUCGAGGAGGCUGGUGCUUUGAGAGCAACUCCCUGUUUGGGUGGGUGAUGAGACAGAUGGGUUUUGAUGCCACAAUGCUGGGCUCCAGAGUUUUCAACAACGGUGACUUUGGAUCCAGAGAUGAUCAUCUUAUCCACAUGGUCAGGAUUGGUGAGAAGGCCUACAUAGCUGAUGUAAGCUUUGGGGUGUCUUUCCAGCUGUGGGAGCCGAUAGAGCUCAUCUCAGGAAAGGACCAGCCUCAAGUCGCUGGGGUGUUUCAUCUCACUGAGAAGGACGGGACGUGGACCCUGGAGAAAACUCGUCGAAAACCAAAGAUUCUCGAUCCGGCGUUUGCUGAAUCCAGUCUGGUGAGCAAGAAGGAAACUCAGCAGCUCUACUGCUUCACCCUGACGCCUCAAGAACCGGAGCAUUUCUCUGAAAAAAACCACUCGCUCCAAACAGAUCCAGCCUCUCUGUUCACCAAUAAGUCCAUCUGCUCGCUGCAGACGCCGACAGGAUUCAGAGUCCUUGUUGGAUGGACCUACAGCGAGGUCACCUACAAACCUGAAGAAGGGAUCGACGUCUUGGACAUAAAAAACGUAAAUGAUGAUGAGAUAGAGGAACUUCUGAAAAACCAGUUUGAUGUCAGGCUGCAGAACAAAUUGAAGCCUGUAAAUAAAAAAGCGGACUACAGCAUUUGAUUUUGUUUUUAACGUUAACAUGGCUUAAGAUCACAACUUCCUACUGAGUUGUCUGUUCAAAUGCAUUGAUGUGUAUUCUUCUUGUACACUAAAUGGUUUCCAUGUUUGCUAAAAAUAAAGAUUCAAAAGAAAA